AUGCCCCACCGUCUGCUCAACAAGGCAAAGACACCUUCAACUACUUUCACUACUUCCACUGCUUCCACCAUUUCCAACCCCGCAGCCCGCGUCUCGAUUAUAUCACGACACUUACUAGGCACCGCUCAGUCCCCUUCGGAUCCUAGUUUUCCAAGCAAUAUCUCCCCUCCAACUCAGAGCCGUAGCUUUUCUUCCUCAUCUGUCAAAAUGUUAUCUCAACCCGAACACCCGACUCUGCUCAUCCCAGGCCCCAUUGAGUUCGACGAUGCCGUAUUACAGUCCAUGAGCCAUCACAGCGAGUCUCAUGUCGGACCGGCUUUCGUUGCUACCUUUGGCGAGGCAUUGUCGAUGCUGCGCCAGCUCUUCCAGACUACUUCACCCUCUUCGCAACCUUUCGUCAUUUCGGGGUCUGGUACGCUCGGUUGGGAUUUGGUAGCAGCAAACUUGGUUGAGCCUGGUGAAGAUGUCCUCGUUCUCAGUUCUGGUUACUUCAGCGAUGGCAUCGCCGACUGUCUUACAGUUUACGGCGCUAAGGUCGAUUUUCUCAGAGCGCCCGUCGGCAGCCGACCUCAAUUACCCGAAAUCGAGGAGGCGUUGAAGAGCAAAAAGUACAAGAUAGUUACAGUGACACAUGUCGAUACAUCAACAGGCGUUUUGAGCGAACUUCAGAAGCUUUCCGAGACAGUUCACAGAAUAUCACCUGACACAUUACUUAUCGUGGAUGGCGUGUGCAGCGUGGCCAGCGAAGAGAUCGACUUCGACGCGUGGAAGCUAGACGGAGUAGUAACAGCAAGCCAAAAGGCUAUCGGUUGUCCUGCGGGAUUGUCUAUAUCAAUGUUUAGCGGCAAGGCGAUGGACGUCUUCAAGGCGAGAAAGAGCCCCCCGUCAUCCUACUAUGCCUCUAUGAAGAACUGGACGCCUAUUAUGCAAAACUACGAGGCAAAGAAGCCUUCGUACUUCGCAACCCCGUCGCCGCAACUUGUCCGCGCCCUUCACACGGCAUUAACCCAGAUUCUCACUAAGCCCCUCGCUGAAAGGUUUGCCAGGCACCGGGAGGUAUCAGACAAAAUCAAGAAGGCCGUAGCAGAGCUUGGUUUGAAGCAAGUUGCGACCAACCCAGACGACCAGGCCCACGGCAUGACGGCUAUUUAUCUACCUGAAAAUGUGAAGACCACCGAUCUACUCCCGAAGCUUGCCAAGAGCGGUGUUAUAUUUGCUGGUGGUAUCCAUAAGGAAAUUGCUGCCAAAUAUGUGCGCUUCGGACACAUGGGUGUUAGUGUGACCGAUCCUGCGAGGACAGAUAUCGAUAAGGCGAUAGCUGCACUGAAGAGUGGGCUUGCUGAAUGCGGAUAUGGAAAAGCGUAG